GGCUCAUCGCUGCUGAGAUCCCGCAGGCUCCUUGGCGGCUGGCAGUGGAGGUGGCAUCUCGGCGCUGGACCAUGGUGCUGUGAGAGCAAGCUGUCCUCUCCCUGCUGCCGAGCUCCAGAAUGCACGCUGCCCCCGGCUGCAGGCUGCCCCUCGCCGCGCUCCUCCUCUGCCUCCUCCUGCAGCAGCCGGGCAGCAGCAAGGCAUGGAAGCAGCACGCCCCGCGCCUUCGCCUCGCCUACAAAGAUCUGCUGAAAUCCAACAGCUCUCGCCUCUUGCUGGCCUCAGGGGAUGGGCUGGAUUUCCAAGCCCUCUUGGUGGAUGAAGACAGGGCCUGGCUGAUGGUGGGAGCAAAAAACCACAUCUUCCUGCUCCACCUGGACCAUCCCAGCAGAGAGCCCGAGAAGAUUUUCUGGCCAGCCUCCAGGGAGCAGGUUGAGCAUUGCCAGCUGGCGGGGAAGAACGUGGAGACAGAGUGUGCCAACUUCGUCCGCCUCCUCCAGCCCUUCAACAGGAGCCACGUGUUUGCCUGCGGGACCGGCUCCUACCAACCCGUCUGUGCCUUCAUCCAGCUGGGAGCCAGGGGGAAGGGUCCCGGGGCUCCCCCCAUGCGGUUGGUGACCCACUCCUUGGAAUCGGGGAGAGGACGGUGCCCGUACAGCCCCCACGAACCCUUCACGGGACUCCUCGUCGAUGGGGAGCUGUAUUCGGGCACCUCCAGUGACUUCAUGGGCAGCAGCGCUGCCUUCUUCCGGACCUGGGUCCACGGGGCCGAGCAGAGCUACAUCCGGACAGAGCAGAACCAAGACCACUGGCUGCACGAGCCCGCGUUUGUCGGCGCCUACGCCAUCCCUGAUACCUACAACCCACACGACGACAAGGUCUACAUCUUCUUCCGUGAAACGGCCAUGGAAGCUGGGCAAUGGGAGAGGCGGCACAUCCAUGCCAGGGUGGCCCGGGUCUGCAAGAACGACGUCGGCGGGAAGCGCAGCCUCAUCAACCGCUGGAGCACGUUCCUCAAGGCCCGCCUGGUGUGUUCCAUCCCUGGGCCCCAGGGCACCGAGACCCACUUCGACCAGCUCGAGGAUGUUUUCCUCCUGCGCACCCGAGACCCCCAGAACCCCCUUGUCUUCGGCCUCUUCACGGUCUCCAGCGGUGUCUUCAGCGGCUCUGCCGUCUGCAUCUACUCCAUGGCUGCCGUGAGAGCUGCCUUCAGCGGUCCCUUUGCACACAAGGAGGGAUUCGACUACCGCUGGGUAGAAUACAAGGGCCGCGUCCCCUAUCCCCGUCCCGGCACGUGCCCCAGCGAGACGUACGACCCCCUCCUGCAGUCCACCAAGGACUUCCCCGACGAGGUGAUCAGCUUCAUGCGCACCCACCAGCUGAUGUGGGAGCCUGUGUACCCGCAGGGCCGCCAGCCCGUCCUGGUGAGGGUCAACGUACCUUACCGGCUGCGGCAGCUCCUGGUGCACAGGCUGGAGACAGAGAGCCGGCACUACGACGUGCUCUUCCUCGGCACAGAUGAAGGUAAAGUCCUGAAGGUGGGGCUGGCCGGUGGGGUGAGCCGUGGCACAGAGGUGAUCAGCCUGGAGGAGAUCAGCGUCACUAAGGUGCCCUCUCCCAUCCUGGACAUGAAGUUAUCACCAAAGCGGCAGGAGCUGUUUGUGAGCAGCACCCAUGGGCUGCUUCAGCUCUCCCUGUACCGCUGCGAGCUCUAUGGCAAAACCUGCACCGACUGUUGCCUGGCCAGGGACCCCUACUGCACCUGGGACAGCAAGACCUGCGCCCCUCACCUGCUCACUGAGAAGAGGCGUGCCCGCUGCCAGGAUGUGCUAAAGUCUGACCUGCUCAGCCAGUGCCAGGACACCGCAGAGGGGACCGCUGCCAUGGAGAAGCUAGUUUUUGGGGUGGAGAAGAACUCAACCUUCCUUGAGUGCCUGGCACGCUCCCCGCAGACGACCGUCCGGUGGCUGGUGCGGCACGGCGAGGAGACGGGCCUGAGUGAGGUCAGGAACAACGGCCAUUUCUCGGUGCUGGAGCAAGGGCUGCUGAUCCGCCAGCUGGCGAGGGAGGACGCGGGCACAUACGAGUGCCAGGCGGUGGAGCACUCCUUCUCCCGGCCCCUCACCAGAUACAGCCUCCGCGUCAUCAGGCAUGAGGCCAUGGAGGUGCCACCUUACAAACGGAACAAGGGCCCCGAGCUAGGAGGGACCCACCAGAGCCCCCGGCCCCGGAUUGACCUGCACCCGGGCUACAAGGGCUUCCCGCGGGCCCUGGGGGCACCGGGCACCAGCCUGGAUGUCUAUUGCAACGCCCUGCGGCACCAGGAAAGGCAGCGGCAGAAAGCCUGGCACCAGAAGUGGCAGCACCCGUCCCCGGACAGCAAGAACGGCCGGGUGCGGAGGCACCCCCAGCCCCUGUGAGGGGGGCAGAGGGAGCUGGGGCCGCCCACAGCUCCCUUCCCGGUCUCUCCAGGGCCCUUCUCGCACGCGGGCAUCAGCUUUGAGACACCUCUCAGCUUCCCGUGCAGAAAAUGCCUCGCUGUUACUACCUCAAACCCUGCCAGUCCCUGCUGCCUCUCCGUGCGCCCCACCAAGCAUGCCGGGGUGAGGGCACGCAGCCCACACCGGCUCUCCGAGACUCAAAGAUAUUUACGCCCUGCAGAAUAUUUAUUCUCCUUGUUUUCCCCUGGCCCUUAAUGACAAUCGUUAUCAGCAGCAAUAAUAAGCACAGAGGACAGAGAAAGGAAACAGCCAGCUCUCACAAAUGGUUCCCUGACACCCAGCAGCAUCCAGCCCUGCCAUGGACACCCGUGCACCCAGCUUCCCUCCCCUCCGGAGGCAGCGGGCUCCUCACUGCAGCCCCAGCAGCACGGUGCCCCGGCGGGGUGCUCACCCGGGUGGCUGCGGAGGUGUCAGCAGAGCCCAAAUGCCGCUGAAGGCAGCGGGGCACGGCUGCUUGCUGAGCCUGGGCUCUGGCAGUGGGGCACCUGGGGUCUGCAGAGAUGCCCAUGGCCAGCUCAGCUCCGAUCCACUUCAAACCACACCGCUUUUUUAAAUUUUGACAUUUAUUUUACCAAAAAAAGAGAGAAACAACAGGCAGUUAUACCAACUUACAAUUUAUUAUUUUUUUAAAAAAUGACAUGAAACACAAGUAAAAAUAAAUACAUCAUAUAAACAACAAAUUGUUCAAAGUCUCUGUUCUGGGAGAUCAGGCGAGCACAUCCCGUUUGACAGAGAGAAGAGGGAAGCACAUGAUCAUGCGUGGGGCCAACCGACCAACCCACCCUGCUAGCGAUACUCCUCUUUCCAACCACAAAA